GUUGAAAAUAGAAUAAAAGAGAAUUUGAAGGAAACUGGGUACUCGAGGAAGGUGAUGGAAUUGCAACCUAGGCCGACUGGGUACUCGACGAAGAGGGUCCUCUCUUGAGGAAAGAGACGAUGACGUCAAUGCCGAUGGGCUGCUACACAGGCGAUGUCUACGACGAUGGCUAUGGUGAUGGUGACGGCGAGAGGGCGACGGGCUACGUUUCAUCGAGAAAGAGAUUUCAAAGGCACAUAAUCAUUUUUCUCUUGGUUGAAACGCUCCGUUUUAUCCGUAAAUAAAACGUAUCAUUUAGGUCUACAAAGCAGGAUGUGGACUGCAAGAAGAAUUAUUCAACAUAGAAUCUUGGGAGUGAAAGGUGUUUAUAGGCGAAGGUUCAAAUCAACAUUUCUCGUCUACGCAAGGAUACCAAGGCUGGCCAGCAUUGUGAGUCAUGGAAAGUUGUCCCGUCCUUUCCAUUGGCCUCCAGUCUUUACUACCGUGAACAAACAAAAAUGACACAUUCUGACCUUUCCAACAACCCCAACCUCACCGUCUCGGAAGACUAGCCCGGGAUCGAGAUCUCCGUCUUGAGAGAGAGAAAGAGAGAGAGCGCGCGCGCAGAUAGAGGGAAAACGUAAGAGACGAGAGAAAUUCAAUAAUGGGGUUCUUCACCUACACCAUGACUGGCACUGGAUUCAUUCUGAUCGGCGCUUGGGAGGCCCUCACGUCCUCAAAUUCAAUCCCUAAUCUCAUCGAGGAUUCGUUUCCGUCUUCACCUCCCACUUCGAUUCACACACCAGAGCAUGCUUCUUCGUCAAGACCCAAAAAGAACCAGUUUUCUUCGUCUUUGACCUUCAUCUCCGCCUCUGUCCUCUCCUUCUUAGUCAUCUUAAACUCUACGGUCUCCUUCUUUGAAGCGCUCAAUUCUCGUGACAAUGUCGGUUCGGUCCUUCAAUUACAAGUCCUCGCCAUGGCGUCGCUCUUUCUGCUGUAUUCGAUUACGGGUUUCUUGGUAAUUUUCACGAAUUCAAUGCCUCUGCCGUGUUCCAUUCUUAGUUUGAUUGGUCUUUUCGCUUUCGUCCAAGAGUUCUUGCUGUUUUACUUACAGAGGAAAGACCCAAGUGGAAUUGAGAACAGGUAUUUUGAUCUGUUGCUUGUACCUAUAACUGUUUGUUUAUUCUCCACAGUGAUGGAAUUGAAAUCCCCGAAAUCGAACUACCCGAAAUUGGCUCGUGGGAUUGGAUUAAUUUUACAGGGUUCAUGGUUUGUGCAAAUGGGUCUCUCUUUUUACACCGAUUUGAUAACUAGCGGGUGCACUUUGCAAGCAAAGAGUAGAGGGAAUUAUACAAUCAGGUGUAAGGGACACCCUGAGUAUCACCGGGCAAGAGCUAUCGCCACGCUACAAUUUAACUGUCACCUAGCUCUUCUUGUAACUUCGACUGUGGGGGCGUACUCGAUUUUUGUGAGGAAAUAUGGAGUUCCUGGUGAUUUUACGCGGUACAAACCGCUCGGUGCAGAAAUGCGGCGAUUUGAAAAUGCACAAUUUACUUUGGAUUCUGACGAUGAUGUUGGUGAAGAAAUACAGGAAGAGGACAGCGUGCAAAAGCCGGUGGGCGUUGUGGAAUCGGGUGUAAAUGGUUAUGGCACUCAUUAAUGAGCUAAAUACAGUCGAAGCUUUAGCUGGUGAACGUAUUGUUUCAAUUGGUUAUCAUUUUUUUAAUGUUGUUAGUGCGGUUUCCCUUUUGUGGAAAUGAAUUGAGAUAACGGUUCUACUGGAUUUCAUUUUUGUACCUUUGGUUCUAGUACUCUGUGAUACAUUUGCCCUUCAGUUCCUUGUAAUGAAACUCCAUCUUUCAUUCAUUCUAUCGCUUCAUGUGAUUUCCAUAA